AUGGCCGCCCCAGAUACCUCCAACCCCAACAUCCUUCGCGACACCUUUGCUGCGGCCAGCCACACGUCUCAAGACCAGGCUUCUGCCUGGGACAAUCUAUAUCGAAAUGAUUUCCACCCCUGGGACCGCGGCGGCCCUUCUCUCGCCCUCGCCGACCUGCUCACCGAGCGCCCGGACCUGAUUGCCCCCGCGCAAGACGUCGACCGCCGCGGCAACCCGCUCCGCGAUGCCACUGGCGCUGUUGUUCGCCGCACAGCCCUCGUGCCUGGCUGCGGACGCGGCCACGACGUGCUGCUCCUCAAGACGUUUGGCUAUGACGUCGUCGGCUUGGACAGCAGUGCGGAUGGUAUUCGUCGCGCAAAAGAGAAUGUCGCGGCGCUCGAGGCGGCGCCUGGCGGCGUCAAGCCGCAGGGCAAUGUACAACUUGGGCAAGAAUCAUGGGUUGUUGCGGAUUUCUUUGCGCAGGACUGGUCAAACGGGCUGGGUACGGACGGGUCUGGCAAGUUUGAUCUUAUAUACGACUAUACGUUUCUCUGCGCCCUACCCCCAAAACUCCGACCACAAUGGGCGAAGCGCAUGUCUGAGCUCAUAUCCCACGACGGCCGCCUCGUGUGUCUUGAAUUCCCGUCCGGCAAGCCCCUCUCCGAAAUGGGACCGCCCUGGGGCGUCAACCCGGAGGUCUACGAAGCGCUGCUCUCGCACCCCGGACACGAGCCGAGAUACAAUGACGACGGCACGGUCAUUGAGACACACGAUAUAAAACCCACGGAUGGUGCGCUGCAUCGCAUCAGCCUUGUCAAGCCACAGCGCACGCACAAGGCGGGCAUGAAUGAGGAUGGCUCGGUGCGGGAUUUCAUUUCGGUUUGGAGUCUAUAG